CUUGACCAAAGCAUUAGGUUGACGAAUCCUUUUGUUACAUAUGUUUCUUAUUUGCUUACCAGAUCUGCAAGGGCAGACCUUGGUUGCCUUUUUUAUUUUUUCCCUGCCUUAUUUUGAAGACUAGGAGUUGUUAUGUUGGUGGAACUGGGAGGGGUGGUUUUGACACGUGAAUUCAUGAAGUUGUACUGUUGUACAGUAAUAUGAUAGAUAGGAGCCUCAAUCUAGAGGUAUGCAGAAGAUCAGGAGUGUAGAAACUUGUGCCCUACCUUUGCUAAGUUGGUAAUCUUAUAUGGACCAUGUCAUAAUAAUGUUCUUGUUUUCCUGCUUCAUCUGCUAUGCAGCAAUUUGUUUUUCUGAUUCUAUGUGUUGCUUAGUGAAGUUUGGGUUUACUUGUGUAUUCCAACUUAUUGUUUAUUACUUGCAUUCACUCUAUUUUUGGGUAUCAGCAUCUUUAGUGUGUGUUCAUGUAGAUCAUGCUGGAGAGGGAUACAGGUCGUCCACGGGGAUUUGGGUUUAUUACUUUUGCUGAUCGCCGAGCCAUGGAUGAUGCUAUAAGAGAAAUGCAUGGACGGGAGUUAGGUGAACGUAUCAUCUCUGUGAACAAGGCCCAGCCAAAAAUGGGAGGUGAAGAUGCUGAUCAUGGCUAUAGGGGAGGCUACUCAUCAAGUGGCAGGGGAAGCUAUGGAGCCGGAGACAAGCCUGUAGCACAAGAUGAAUGCUUCAAGUGUGGCCGUUUUGGGCACUGGGCCAGGGAUUGCCCUUCAGCUGGUGGUGGUGGCCGAGGUGGCAUGCCACGCUCUAGGUAUGGAGGUCCAGAUGAUCAUGGGGAUCGCUUUAGAGACCGUGAUCGCUACAUUGAUGACCGUUAUGAUGGUGGACGAUAUGGAGAUAGGGGACGUUUUGACGGCAGAGAUGACAAAUAUGGAGGUCGGGACCGAUAUGUUGCUGACAGGUAUCCACCAGGUGGAGAUCGUUUUGGUGAUAGAUAUGGUGGUUCUGAUCGCUUUCCUCAGAAUGGAUAUGGUAAAGAUAGAGGCUUUGAUAGGGACUUUGGUUCAAGAGGAAGCAGCAGGUAUGCAACUGGAGGUCCAGCACGGGAUGAUGGAAGAGGCUACAGAAACAGGCCUGCUCCUUAUGAUCGUCCACCCAGAGGAGGACGCCCUUCUUCCUUUGACCGCUACUGAAUGUUUGUUAGUUGUUGGUAUGUCUAUGAAACUGCAUGCUAGGUGCUCUAUUUUCACUAUUGGUUAGAAUGAUGGAGUUUGUUAUGAAAGUAGGAUCUAAGUUUAUGCAUGCCAGCGUAAUUAAGUAACAUCUUCCCUCGUUUACUGAUUCAGAGCUUUGACAUCUCUUUUCACUAGUGGACACGUGAAUUCAACUCCUACAUUUGGUUUUUCUUCAUUUUCUUUAUUUCAUAAAAUCAAAAGUGCGGC